AUGGCAAGCACGACGCCUUCAAAAAGACAAAGAUUGGAACAAGGGCGCAUUGACGCAUAUUUCUCUAUUCCACCGAAUAGAAGGCUGGUGUGUAAAGGUUCUUUACAUCAAGGUGAAAUAGAAUCCGGUGGAAGCCAAUGUACAUGUAUAGCUUUAGUGUUCUUAACUCUAAAUGAUAUCCCAAAGUCAGUACAGGAAGUCGAUAAUAUACUCCAUAAAGGAACCACAACAUACCAAAGUCUUGCUCACGAUGAUAAUGAAUACUUACUCAUAACAGACUUUCCAGACAAAGUCAGCAUUGAAAAUGAAAUUUUCGAUCUUUCAGCUAGAAAUCCAAUUAGUGGUAUGGUAUUGCAAGAAAUUGACCAUUUAGAUUCAUUGACAUUAAAACUUGAUUCUGCUGUAGAGCAAGGCUUUGGUAUCGCACCUACAUGUUUCCUAACCACAGGAAAUAAUCCGGGAUAUACGAUCGGGAUAAAAAAUAUUGAUGAACACUACUAUGUUAUGGAUUCUCAUAGUAGGGAUGAUAAGGGGCUAUCUUCACCGUUGGGUAAAGCUGUAGUGUUACAAUUUAACUCUGUUGAGCAAUUGGUGAAAUAUAUAAAAGACAUGUGUCAUUCCGUAUCAAAUACCGACAUGCAAUAUGAAUUGACUCCAAUAAUUAUCAGGAAGACUAGUGUAAUGACAUCCUCGACAGGUCCUCAACCCUCUGAUAAUACAAACGAAAUUAAUCAAAAUAAUCCAAGUCCUCAAUGUUUCGAAUCCAUGGAAUCUGAACAUGUUGCAAAUGAUACUACAUUGCAAGAUUCUGAUAUAUCGGUAGAUGGAGGUCGAACGGACUUGAACAUACAGCAAAACGUUGAUGCUAUAGAUGUUGGAAAUUCAGACCCACUUCUAUUAACAGAUGAUCAAAAACACAUGCUUAUAUGUAAUAGAAUGCCAGAAUCUACCUUCAAAUUUCCAUCCAAAUUGUACAAGGAUAGUCGGUGUAAAUCAGGUAGUUUCAAAAGAUCUUGUUGUCGAGAAUGGUUUACGAAGUUUGAAUUUAUUUCUUACUCUAAGGAUAAAGAUGGUAUAUAUUGUCUGGCAUGUAAGUUCUUUCCAGACACCUCUGGUCGCAGACCACGAAAGCUAGUUUCGGAGCCAUAUCAAAACUGGAAAGACGCUAUAACUGAUUUAAAGCGACAUGCAUCAUCCGAAACACAUUUUAACUCUAUAGUAAGACUAUCUGGGUUCCAAGAAACGUAUAUGAGACCAGAGUCUAGAAUUGCAAAUGCAAGGGGUGACACAUUAAUUGCGAAAAAUCGACAGAUUUUGAAAUCACUCAUCAAAUGUCUCGAGUUUUGUGGUAGGCGCGGAUUGGCUCUUCGAGGCCAUCGAGAUGACGAUAAAAUCCAAGAUAACACACAAGAUUAUAAUAUAGGUAACUAUAAGGAACUAGUUAAGUUUCGCGCAGAGGCAGGUGACUCCAUCUUGGAUGACCAUUUGAAACAAUGUGCUAAAAAUGCAUCAUAUACGUCAAAAACUUCUCAAAAUGAAUUGUUAGCAUGCAUCAAGAGGUUUAUCCAACAGACAAUCGUUGAUGAAGUAAAGGCUCAACCGCUUGGUCCACAUUUCGGAUAUCAAUGCGAUGAGGUGUCGGAUGCUAGUAACUGGGAACAACUCGGGAUUGUUAUACGAUAUCUUAGGGACGGUAGUCCAGUAGAAAAAUUGCUUGAAUUUGUCCAAGCAGAAGAGACAACAGGCUCGGCACUUUGUGGUUUGAUAGUAAAAGCUUUGACGGAUGCUGGAUUGGAUAUCCAGUUUUGUCGCGCGCAGACCAUGGAUGGCGCUGGCAAUAUGUCUGGUAAGAAUCUAGGUUGCGCGGCGCAGUUUACCCGACUGUCACCAAGGACAGUUUAUCAUUACUGCGCUAGCCAUAACCUCAAUCUAGUACUAUGCAAAUGUUGCAAUGUUCCAGAAAUACAAUUGAUGUUAGAUAGCUUAAAACAACUCGGGAUAUUUUUCAAGUAUUCUCCGAAACGGAGUCGAUGUCUCGAAAAAGCUGUAGAUGAGAUAAAUUCGAACAGGGAUGUACAAAACAAAAUAACAAAACAGAAAUUUAAGGUCUUCUGUGAAACAAGAUGGUGCGAAAAAAUUACGACCCUCGGCAGCUUUUCUACCAUGUACGAGCCAAUCAUAUCUUGUUUGGAGGAAAUUAGCUCUAACGUUGGACGCACCUGGGACAAGAAAGCUGUUAUUGACGCUAAAGGGCUACUUACAAAAAUAACUGAUUCUACUUUUAUAGUUAGUUUCCAAACUGUCCACAACUUUUUUGGGUAUGUUACAGGGUUGAGCAGAAAACUCCAAGGGUCUACACUCGAUAUUGUAGAAGGUUAUAAAAUGAUUGAUACCGUCAAAGCUUUAGUAAAAGCAACACGAGAUGACGAAACGGAGUUUGACACCGUGUUUGAAAAAGCUACGGCAAUGGCUGAAGUUGCCGAUAUUGGGGGUAUCAAGGCUCCAAGACGAUGUGGGCGCCAGACACAACGCAGUAAUGUCCCUGCCGACAAUGUUCAAGUUUAUUACCGACGUGCAGUUUUUCUUCCAUUUUUAGAUUCUAUGAUUCAACAGUUCGAGAUUCGGUUUGGUGAACGUGCUGUUUCAGUUGUAAGGGCAUUGGCUCUAAUCCCUAACAACAUUCACCAAACCACAGAUGAAGCAAUCGACGACAUUAUUAAUUAUUAUGAAGUUGACAUGCCAUUUCCUGACUCAUUUAGGCAAGAGUUUCGACUAUGGAAAGAAUUAUGGCGUGUCCAGAAUGAAAAACCGACUACAUUAACGUCUACUUUAACAGACCCAAGAGUGUGCAGGACGAUCUUUCCUAACAUCGUCAAACUCCUAGGUCUACUUUCAUUGACAAGCGUCACGUCAAGUUCUACAGAAAGGGCAAACUCGUCCCUUAAAUAUAUCAAAACCUUCUCGCGAAAUACAAUGGGAGAAGAACGUUUAAAUGCCCUGUUGCUUUUAUAUGUACACAAAAACAUUAAACUUGACUACGAAAAAAUUAUUGACGAUUUUUCUCGUAGAAAUCCGAGGAAGAUGCUUUUGGUCAAUCCUAUGGCUUAG